GCUGUGUGGUGCGGAAUCGACACACUGUGAUUUUGACAGUCACCUAAGCAGGGAUGCCUGCAGAUUUCAAUGGUUACUGGAAAAUGGUCAGCAAUGACAAUUUUGAGGAGUAUCUGAAAGCCCUGGAUGUAAAUGUUGCUGUAAGAAAAAUAGCAAACUUGCUUAAACCUGACAAAGAAAUCAUUCAGAAUGGGGAUCAUAUGAUCAUUAAAACGCUGAGCACUUUUAGAAACUACAUCAUGGAAUUUGAUGUAGGAAAGGAGUUUGAGGAGGAUUUAGCUGGGGUGGAUGAUCGCAAAUGCAUGUUGGUUUUCAGCUCUUGCCACCAUGCCUGCUGAUUACAAUGGGACGUGGGAAAUGGAAAGCAAUGAAAACUUUGAAGGAUACAUGGUUGCUUUAGGUA